AUGACCGCGUCUGCUGCUUCUCCUUUUGCGGUCCAUCUGGACCACUUUCGGCUGCUGGACGCGGGGAGGGAUACUACCAAUGCAGCCCCAUCCUCGGCGCCGCUGACGGCGCCGCUUUUCUUCUCUCUCACCAUCCGCUUUCAACGAAGUGAUGAGGCCGACCUUGCGCCGCUCAUCACCGCUUUGGGCGUCUCCGUCGACUUUGUGGCGGAUGUGGCAUCGGCGAAACAGACGCUGACCUUGUUACCGCCCACCCCUGUCAGUGGUCCUCAGUCACGAUUGAAUUCCACCACGCCAAACGGCGCCUUUUUGACGGCGGCCAGCGCGUCGGACUCAUCGGCAUCUCCCUUCAAUUUUUUAGCGGACGCUCCACUAAACAGCGCUGAUGAUGCUGCACCCGGCGCGGUGUAUCAGCUGAUCGUGUACUUGCGAGAUUUUCACGCAUUGGGAGAAGUGCAGUUGAAGCACUUGCUCCAGGUGAGCAUGAUGCGUGUCCGGCUGACGCAUCUCGGCCCCGGCAAGAGCAUCGCGGAAAGCGACUCGAGUGAUUCACGCACAGAGGAGUGCUUGGCGGCGUGGAACGUCAUUUGGCGGGUGCGCUGCAACCCACAGAAUGAAAAAGAGCUGAUACGCACGGUGCUAGACCCACUCGCGUAG